UGUUCUGCCCACGAGAUAAAUAGUGCGCAUAAGUCACCUUUCGGGAGUUCCGGGGCUCCGUACGGUACUCCACAAAAACCCCGGUCCAUCUGUAUUAGCCUAUCUGUUCCAUUGUGUCCCCUGAAAUUGAAUCUAAGCGGGUUAGUGCGUUUUUUCUGGGGACUGACAAUGGCUGAGUGCGCUGGAUGAAUUGUCCCCCAGUCGGCUCCUUCCCUGAACGCGUCGGUACAGUUCGAGUGAAGAGCCCAUCAGCUUGGACCACAUCUCAGAGCUGCGGAGCUCCGGUCUGGACGCGGGCCAAGCCUGUCUGGUGUCAAACCAGCCUGAACAGAUACUCUCAGACAUCUCAUUUCUUCACCUCAUUCCUGAGACGGGACUCUGCCCACCCCUUGUGUAAAGCAAUUUAAACCUGAUAGCUCAUCAUCUCCACUGAAAAUAUUUGCUGGACUAUUAGACAGUCUCUCUUUACUUUUUCCUCGUAAGCACUUUGCCACCGUGCAGAACUCGAGCCAGUCAUGGCUUUUACGCGCAAACCUCCGUCCUCCGACUGUCCUGUGAUGGUAUAUUUUUAAAACAAGCUUGAUUUUGAAAAUUCCACAAGUUCUGAUUUCUGUAAUGUUUCAUAUUUUUCUUUCAUCCGUGGAAAUGCUCCGUCCAGAUCCAUAAAGGACAGACGUUUGGUUAAUAUGAACUUAUUGCCAGGUGGAAUAUGUUUUUAUUUGUCUGUAGCAAUCUGCUGGCUGACAGCCGAGGUCGAUGCGUCCUGGUGGUACAUGGGCACCCUGGGCUCCCAGGUGAUGUGCGACAACAUCCCUGGUCUAAUGAACAAGCAGCGCCAGCUGUGCCGCCAGCACCCCAAAGUGAUGCAGGCCAUCGGGGCUGGGAUGAAGGACUGGAUCUCAGAGUGCCAGCACCAAUUCCGCAACCACCGCUGGAACUGCAACACCACGGCCAGGGACCACAACUUGUUCGGACGCCUGCUGCUACGCAGCAGCCGCGAAGUAGCCUUCAUGUACGCCAUCUCCUCAGCCGGUGUGGUUUACACGUUGGCGCGAGCCUGCAGCCAAGGCGAGCUGGACUCCUGCUCCUGUGAUCCCACUAAGAAAGGCUCGUCGCGGGACGCCAAGGGUUCUUUUGACUGGGGCGGCUGCAGCGACCACGUGGAGCAUGCCAUGCGCUUCAGCCAGGCCUUUGUGGACGCCAAGGAGAGGAAGGAGAAGGACGCCCGGGCGCUCAUGAACUUGCACAACAACCGAGCCGGCAGGAAGGCGGUGAAGCGCUUCAUGACUCUGGAGUGUAAAUGUCACGGCGUCAGCGGGUCAUGCAGCGUUCGGACCUGCUGGCUGGCCAUGGCUGACUUCAGACGCACUGGCGACCACCUUCGCAAGAGGUAUAACGGUGCCGUGCAGGUGGCCGUUAACCAGUACGGCACUGGGUUCACUGCCGCCUACGCACACUUCAAACGACCCAGCAAGAAUGACCUGGUGUAUUUCGAGGACUCGCCAGACUACUGCAUACGGGACCACGAGUCAGGGUCGAUGGGGACGGGAGGGCGGGUCUGUAACCGGACGUCCCGCGGCAUGGACGGCUGCGAGGUGAUGUGCUGCGGUCGAGGCUACGACACGUCGCGGGUCAGCCGGACCACCAAGUGUGAGUGCAAAUUCCACUGGUGCUGCGCCGUGCACUGCCGCGACUGCCACCAGCAGGUCGACGUGCACACCUGUAAGGGCCAGACGUGACCUCACCGCCAACCGAACACUACUGACCGUUCAUAUUAAACCAGCAGUCAUACUGGUCACCAUGUAAAAACUACUGCGUUUGUACUGGGCUACAAGUUGUAAGUGACAAUCAAAAGGAUGUUUUGACUCCAUCCUCAGUGCUAAGCCCCCAUAUCAGUGGUGUUUGUGCACUGCACUUCCCAGAGAUCACAGUAGAUAGUUGGGUAUAGUUUGAGUAUCCGUAGGUGGCGCUCUUUUCUUUGUUCACCCAUGCUGUCUUUUCGCUGCUUGUGCUAAUUACACAGCUGUUUAUUCCGAACAAAACAAGGUAAACUCAUCAUUUCUGCCUGCUGGAGGUCGUUGCUGUGAAAGAGCUUCCAGACUCUACAUGAUCAGAGCAGAAAAUGUAAAAAGCUUUCAUCAACAUGUUAGAGGUUGAAUGACUAACAGUAGUGAGCUGUAUAGUUAUUUUUAAAAAUAUAUCAAUCAGCGCAAACCAGUUACACUACAGCAAAACCAGUUUUUUAAAGGCUGACUGGCUUAAUCAGAGUUUUAAAAAGUUCCCUCCCGGCAGAUAUUUCCUGAAGCGACAUCAGAAACACUGGUGAAACAGAGAUGAUGAUGACAGAAAUAAUCUGGUGUAAAAUUUGAUCAAGUUUAAAUGGUUUGGAGGUAAACUACCGAUUAAAAAAAAAAAAAAAAAAAAAAAAAAACAGUAAAGGUUGAGCCCUGAGGACCACCCAAAAUUUACACUGAAAAUAUAUCUUCAGUUAUUUAAUCUACUGUAGUGUUUUCAAAUCUCUCAACAGGGAGAGAAAGUCACCUUGUUCACUAUGCAGUCUCCACCAUUUAAUGUCUUUUUCUCCUGUAUGUUUUCAAUUUUACGGUUCAAUUUGAACUCCUCACCAAAGAACAUAAAUUAGUUUUUGUCAUGUCAAGGGCUCAUUCUCUUCCAACAUAGCAGUGUGUCACCCAAAACCACCGGUAAUUACUCACCAAACAUUCAGCGUUCAGGCCAGCAAACUGCAGUGGGAUGAAAGAGAUGGCAGUUCUGAGAACAGGGCUGAACUCCGCUUUCACUGUGUCUCCGCUGCCGCUGCACCAAACAUAGCUAAAGCUCACUUUGGACAAAGUUACGUUACUGAAGCUCAGUUAAGCAAAAACAUUUCAAAACUCUCCAGAUUUCACAGGUAUUCUCGUGAACAUCUUGUUCAAGUGAUGUCUACAAAUAAUACAAAGAUUUUUAAAAUACUGAACAUUAAAAGUGGCUUUAAACUCCUAUUAGCUAAAUCCAGAGUUAAGAAAUCUGUUGCCGGAAUCACUUUAAAAAUAAAAUCAAUUUCUUUGGAAGUCAUUAAAAUAAUUAAAUAUUCUCUUAAUCACUUAAGCUUGGCAAAAUGUGUGGAAAAAAUUGCAAUUCUCAAAGACACAGCUCUCAUUUCAUGGAACUGACUUCAAACUUAGAAACUCGUGUUAACACUGGCCCCUUGUGGAGAAUCUGGAGCGCUCCAAAUGUUAAGUCAUUAUCAGUGCAGAUAUACACUUCAACUGCACCACCUACAGGCAAGUUACAGUACCACUUUAGACCUGCAGAUGUAGGUGGGUUGAUGUCUCGUAAUAGCUGCUGCAGUUAUAACACUUCUGCAGUCAGUGAUUCACAGCCAUAAUUUUUUACAGCUUCAGUUUUGUUUGUUUUUAUUAGUUUUACAUUUAAGACAAAGACGUACAAAGACUGCUUUCCUUGCCUGUAGGUGGCGACAUCAACACAUCUACAUCUGCAGCUGUUCAGCCUGUCGCAGGUUGGACCAGAACUGCAGGUCUGAAAUUGCGGCUCUGCAGUUGGAUGACAUCGGCUUUACGUAGCUUUAAUCCACUUGUUGGUUGCUGUUAAAAGCCUCUAAAUUAAUUAACUCAGUUAAGGAUGUAUUUUAAGUAGUACUUGGUGACCUUACAUUUCAAGCUUUGCAUUUUAGGAUGAGCUUGUCCUGUUGCCAAGUCUAACAAAGAAAUGCUAUAAGAUAAUAUUCUGUGCCUGUAAACACACUCAAAAUCAUGGUUAGCUGCAGCCUCCAAAUCCAGCACACAAGCACUUAAAGCUAGAGGACGUAACAUUGGAGAAACCCGCAUAAAACAGCUAGAUUUUGAAAGUAUCCAACUGAAAAAAUCCUGCCUCCGUCCAAAGCCACUCCCCCCAAAACACGCUUUCAUGUGCAAUGAGUGCACGGGCAGAGUGCGCGCAAGUGGGCCAAAUGAAAUGGUUGGAUGGUCUUAUUACAGGCCUGCGACAGCCACAGAUAGUGGAUUUGAUUUAUUGAUUGCUGUCGGGAUAUGUAGAGAAUUUCAACAAAUAACAAAAUGCUCCUGAAAUACAUUACUUCCCUAGCUUUAAGAGUUAGAAGGAAGACUGCAGCCUCAACAACACAGUGAAUACACAGUGGAAUUAAGUUAAAUUAAAACAUCAGCUUUUCACCAUUACAACCUGCUGUCCUGCCAUCCAAAGAUGUAAAUCAUCCAUUGUUUCUUCUUAUUUCACUGUAUUUAUUUACUCGCUAAUGUGUAAAAAAUGUCUCAAAUGUUUUUGUGAAGUUGCUUGAAAAGAUUACUGACCCUGAGUCUGUAACUAACUGGUUACCUGAGAUAUAAAAAAAAUAAAAAAAAGACGUGUAUAACUGAACUCCCCAGAAUAAAUGACUCAGUACAUUACACACUGCAUCCAUAUUUAAACAGAGUCGACGUUUGUUUUCCUCCCUUAACCGACCGCUUGUUCCAACACGCGGUUAAAGCGGACAGGCCUUUGUUUUUUAUGUAAAUAUGUGGCUGUGUAAAUUAAAAUCAGAUGUAUAGUGUAUGGAACCAUUCCAAUAGGUAACCAAUAGGCAGACUGCACAUUUUAAUUCUAAUUAACACACUUCACUUACUCCUGCUGUGCAAGCCAAUCACAGGACAGAAUUUUCCGUAGUUGACCUUCUAAUCAGCUACUGCAGUCCGCUAGGACAAAAGGACUCACCGUUUGUUUGUUUAGCAGGUUUUUUUCCUGAGUGAUAUGUUAAAAGGAAAAUCCUGGUUUGUUACAACUUUUUUGUUUUGGUAAUCAUCCUAUUGGUUAUAACAUCGUACUCACAGAGUUAAUUGCGGAGAUUGAGGAAUGGGGUCACAUUGCUACAAAAAUGUCCGACAGGGCAAAACCCCCCCAAAAGUCUGAUUGCUUGUGUUUUCUGUUGGACUUGUUAAGUAAUGUUGUCGUGUUCCCAGAUCUCAGUCAUUAAAUCAGUUAGAACCAUUUUAUAAUGACCCCUUUUUAAAAAGGACAAGUGUGUUUUCAAGCUUGAGUUCUUUACCUACAAAUCACGUAUACGUACCACUUUUGAAGAUCAUCUUCAAACGCAUGCUGCAGUUUUAGAUUUCUGGAUGUAUUUUUUUCAACUUUCCAGGCAGCCGUCAUUUUCUGUUUAUUUCUGUGUGGCAUGAAAAUCAGUUGGCAGACUGUUGAAACUUGUUUGAGUGGUGGAAAGUUUUUCAAAUCAUUCCUUGGUAAUGCAGUUUAAGAUGAGAUUCAUUUAGAAAGUCUGCAUAACCUCAAACCUAUAAUGCACCUUUGAUUAAAAAAAAAAAAAAAUGAGUGCAAACUAUGUUUACUAUGUUCGAUUACACAUCUCAAGCGAGUUUGAAGGUUCUGCUGAUAGGUUUUCAUAUCGUACAGAAAUGUAUGAAAACCAGUGUCUGCCUGGAACAGUAGACAAAAUAUGUUCAAGCUUCUAAAGUAGCUUGUUUUUCAUUAGCUGUGAAGAAAAUUAUACAUGUGUUGUAAAUAGGCUUAAAAAUCUAAAACCACUGGUCCUUUAUUAAAUUUCAUGUUUGGGCAUUGUGUCUAAAAUACAGAACGCAAGUUUUUAAAAUCAAAGUUACGAUCACCGUUUCCCUCAGCUUCACUUUAGACAAAAGCACCUGGUGGAUGCAGGUAAAACUCCACAUGUGGAGUGAGAUGUCUGUGGAUUUGUGGAUGAAAACAUAUCAGAAGAUAAGAGAAGGAUUCCACAGAUAAACAAUGAAAACCUACCAGGUUUGGUUUUGCUGUUUCAACAGCCAGCUAGUACUGUAAAGGAACAGCAGCUCCAGACGACGGUCGAGGCAGUUAAACACUGUGUGAAUCAAAGUGGUGGGAAGAAGCUGGCUUGCAGCAAUACACAAAAAGUCCUUUAUUGUAUUUUUUUGUCUUCUCACUUUUUUAAUGAUGGCAAUUGAUCACCUCUUUUUGUACAACAAAAGAACAGCUUUAAAUGAUUGAAAACCCAAAAAAAUGCAAACAUAUCAAAUAAAGUCAAAACCAAUUCUGGA